CACUAACUAGGGUUACAGUAGGCCCGGGGGACCUGGGAACCAUGCAUUUCCUAUUCAGACUAGCGGUUUUCCUCAGCCUGUGGAGCUGCUCUAACGCUCAAGAACAAACGAAAGAAGAAAGCCCAGAGGAAGUGAAAAUAGAAGUUUUGCAUCGUCCAGAAAACUGCUCCAAAACAAGCAGGAAAGGAGACUUGCUAAAUGCCCAUUACGACGGCUACUUGGCUAAAGAUGGCUCCAAAUUCUACUGCAGCCGGACACAAGAUGAAGGCCACCCCAAAUGGUUUGUUCUUGGCGUUGGGCAUGUCAUAAAAGGGCUGGACAUUGCUAUGAUGGACAUGUGCCCUGGAGAGAAGAGAAAGGUGAUUAUACCCCCUUCAUUUGCAUAUGGAAAAGAAGGCUAUGAAGGCAAGAUUCCACCUAAUGCAACACUGAUGUUUGAGAUUGAACUGUACGCUGUGACCAAAGGACCACGGAGCAUUGAAACAUUUAAGGAAAUAGACACAGACAAUGACAGGCAGCUGUCUAAAGCCGAGAUAGAGCUUUACUUACAGAAGGACUUUGAAAAAGAUGCAAAGCCCCGUGACAAGUCAUAUCAGAAUGCAGUUUUGGAAGAUAUCUUUAAGAAAAAUGACCACAAUAGAGAUGGCUUCAUUUCUCCCAAGGAAUACAAUGUACACCAACAUGAUGAGCUAUAAAUUUAUUUCACUUCUUUAUUAGUUAGUAAUUUACUGUAUUUUGAUUUUUUUAAAAAAAUUACUUUUCUCCAGGUUGUGGUUA